AUGGAGAACAAAGUCAGCAAGACCGGGUACAACGAUAGACCGGAGAGUAGCAUCGCCACAAAGGCAUCACGCCUAUCUGUCUCUAAACGGGCUAAGAAACGAGCCAAGACACCGGAAGCCGAGGAAGUCAAGGAGGAGGCACCGCCGCCAGAAAAUCCCCACGGCGGUAUAAAACAAACAACCCUCAACACCGGAGGAGAAAUGAAGGAAGUCUUCCUGGGGGAUUGGAGGUGGAUCCCCCACCCCAAACCACCGCCACCUCCCCCAACCAAAGGCCGCAAGAAGGUCGUCAAGCAGAGGAAGGGGGAGAUCAAGUGGCAACAACAGAAGCCGACACAUAAGGUCGCUCAUACCCCCUUGAGAUCGUGA